AAACGGCGGAAUAUAUUCCUCGAAUUAUAGGCAUAGCAAAACUAGUUUCGUUGUUCAACCAAAACGCUAUAUGUACAGUAUAAAAAGUGGAGGAAGAGUGGACAGUGAAUUAUUAAACCCUCUGCAGAGCUGUUGGGCAGUACUCCUCAGGAAAACACGAUCAAAGAAUGAAGUCCUUCAUAGUUCUGUGUUUGUUCGGUCUGGCUGCAGUGGCUCUGGCCAAGCCAAAUGGCAGCACUUACACCGAUAGGUACGACAAUGUCAACCUGGAUGAGAUCCUCGGAAACCGUCGUCUCCUGACUCCUUACAUUAAGUGCAUCCUCGAAGAGGGCAAGUGCACUGCUGAUGGCAAGGAACUGAAAUCUCACAUCAGGGAAGCUUUAGAACAGAACUGUGCCAAGUGUACCGAUGCUCAGCGCAGUGGUACCCGCAGGGUCUUGGGCCACCUCAUCAACAACGAAGAGGAGUCCUGGAACCGCCUCAAGGCCAAAUACGACCCUCAGUCCAAAUACACCGUCAAAUACGAACUGGAACUCAAAAAACUGAAACAAUAAAUUAUUCUAUAGAAUAAGGAUUAAAUAGUAAUAGAUUAGCUUAACUUUUUUCGAUUAAGUGAAUACAAAAUACAAAUUAGACUUCGUAAAACAAUGAUGACGUAAUUACUGUGUAUUCAAGCCAACUUAUAUUAAACCUCUUUUUGAUAAUUGUCAGUGUUGUCGUUGCUUUACACUUUAACAGACACUCUGUAACUUCUUUGUUUUGUUUUGCUACUUUAGUGAAUAGUUUUAUUCAUUAAAGUUACUAAACGUAAUCAAAGUUGUCAUAUCUGAAUUUCAAGGCUUGUGAAUUAAAGUAAAUUGUAGUAUAGUGCAAUAAAUAAAUUAUUGGUAAUUAAUCGAG